UUGAGAGGGAGAGAAUGGGGCGUGGAGUUAGUGCAGGUGGAGGGCAGAGUUCUUUGGGAUAUCUUUUUGGGAGCGGAGAGGCGCCAAAGCCAGCCGUUAACAGUGCCUCAGCUGAAACUCAGCCCCCUCCUCCAUCUACUACACAACCUAAAACCGUUGCUCCAAAACCUGUUGAUAUUACCAAACAAGGCCCAGCUGGUCUUAAUAGCAACUCUGCAAACAAUUACAUGCGCGCUGAUGGACAGAACUCUGGCAACUUCCUCACCGACCGGCCUUCUACCAAGGUCCACUCAGCUCCAGGAGGUGGCUCGUCUCUGAAUUACCUCUUUGGUGGUGGCAGCAGCAACUAGCAAAUGAGUACAACUGUGUCACUCUCUAUCUUCUUCUUAUCACCAAGUCCUUCACUCAUUCUUGUUCCCUGGGAAAAACUGUUUUUAUGAUGUCUAAAUAUUCGUAUAUGUAUGUGUUUCAUAUGUUGUAUUUCGUAUUUCAAAAAUAACACUGGUGAUGUAUACCACAUUUCUAGGUUUCCAUGA